AGAGAGCAUAUCCGGUAUUUCGCGCCGAGCCAAGCAAGCGGUCCAAACGAACCGGCCAUGUCCUUCCUUUCUGCUGCGCUGGGCGACGACCUGACCCGCCAGAUCCACGCGUCCAAGAUCUUGGUCGUCGGCGCCGGUGGCAUCGGCUGCGAGCUUCUCAAGAACCUCGUCUUGAGCGGCUUUGUGGACAUUACGAUCGUGGACCUCGACACGAUCGAUGUGUCCAACUUGAACCGGCAGUUUCUCUUCCGCUCGCAGCACGUGGGCAUGAGCAAGGCGAUCGUGGCCCGCGAGGUCGCGCUCCAGUUCAACCCGUCGGCCAAGAUCACGGCGCACCACGAAAACAUCAAGUCGAGCCGAUACGCGAUCGAGUACUUUGAGCAGUUUGCGCUCGUGCUCAACGCCCUCGACAACGUCGACGCGCGCAAGCACGUCAACCGGCUCUGCCUCGCGGCCAACGUCCCGCUCAUCGAGAGCGGCACGACUGGGUACCUCGGCCAAGUCUCGGUCAUCAAGAAGGGUGAGACCGAGUGCUACGAAUGCACGGAGAAGGCGACGGCCAAGGUGUACCCGAUCUGCACGAUCCGCAGCACGCCCGACAAGAUGGUGCACUGCAUUGUCUGGGCAAAGGAGUGCUACAAGCUGCUCUUUGGGAAGACGCAGGACUCGAUGCUCUGGGAGGACCCGACCAACGACGACAAGUCGGCCUUCAUGGACAGCAUCCUGGCGCGGGACCUUGCGCCGACCGAGUAUGCGCGCGGCGUCUUCCGCGGUCUCUUUGAGCACGAGAUUCAAAAGAAGCUCGACAUCAAGACGUACAAGACAGCGACCAAGAUGCCCCGGACGAUCGUUCUCGACGAUCUCUCGCUGCCGCCGCCGCCCGUCGACAAGUGGCACGACCGCAUGCUCUGGUCGCUCGACGCCUGCGCGCAGACGUUCCUCGAUACGGUCGCCACGAUUCUUUCUUCCAACGACGACGUCGGAAGCCUCGAGUUUGAUAAGGACGAUACGCACGCGAUGCACUUUGUCGCGGCCGCCGCCAACCUCCGCGCGCACGUCUUCCAGAUUCCGAUGGAGUCGCUGUUUGCGUGCAAGGGCAUCGCGGGCAACAUCAUUCCGGCGAUUGCAACGACCAACGCGAUUGUCGCCGGCCUCCAAGUGCUCGAAGCGUUCAAGCUCAUUCGUCUCUCGCUCGAGACGACCAAGUCGAUUGCGACCACGUGCAAGUACACGUACUGCAACCGGUCCUGGGACGGCCGCGGCGUGCUCCUCAACCCCGUCGCGCUCUCGGUGCCGAAUCCUAAGUGCUUUGUGUGCUCGCGCCAAGUGCUCGACCUCGCGCUCAUGCUCAAGACGACGACGCUCCAGCAGCUCGUGGACCACGUGCUCAAGAAGCGCAUGGGCAUGAACGCGCCGACCGUCUCGAUUGGUGCCAACACGAUUUACGAGGAAGGCGAGGACGCCGAAGAGAGUCUGCGCGUGAACCUCGCCAAGCGCCUCGACGAGCUUCCUGGCGGCGGCGUCCACCACGACACGGUGCUCACGGUCGAGGAUUUCUCGCAGGAUUUCAACAGCUCGCUCUGCAUCAAAGACUGGGCGCCGGCCGCCGAGGCGGCGGACGAGCCAUCGGCGUUUCCCUUCUUGCUCGGCCCUGAAUUUGCCAAGUGGAAGCUCGAGCAGACCAAGACGAUGGCCGACAAGGACGGUGGCAAGGACGACGACGACGACGAUAUUGUUGUCGACGACCUCCACGAGAAGCGCAAGCCGCCAGCGGCGCUGGAGUCGCCGGCGCACAAGCGCGCCAAGCUCGACUAA